GUCUGUGGGACUACGAGCCCGUGCUCAUUCACGAUGUGAAUAACCGAUCGGUCGUGUCUGUCGACGCAGAGGAACAAACCUUGGACAAGCGGUUCUUUCGCAAUCGGCAACAAUCGACAAGAUUUGACAUGGAGCCGAUGACGGAGGCGCAGGCCAACAGGUAUCUGCCUCUAGUUUUCAAAAAGCAAGACAGCAGACCAGACAUCUCUGAAGGGCUGGAAGAUGGCCAGUACGGACCUGUCCAGGAAUUCGCUCACUUGACAUGGGACGAUGUAGGUCACUGGAUAGAGCGAGACGAGCGGGCUGUCAGACGGCAAGCAACCUUUGGCGCCAAUGCCUUCCAGAUGGGAACGAGUGGUCUUUGUGGAUGCACUCAGGUAACCCUUGUGUCUCGCCGGGCUGUUUGGAUGGCACACUUCUGGGAAACAUACUCUCAUGGUGACUCUGAUUGGGUCCCCUCACUGGGGACCCCAACGGCGGCCAACGGCUAUCCGCCCGGUCCAGACAACACAGACCAUGUCGCCUCGUACAGUGCCUUUGAAGAGCGAAUCAUCGACGCAUUGAGUGAACAAGAACCUGCAGGCCCUACAAUGCAGCGCGGCAGAAAGCCCAAGGACUAUAUAAUGCCCGAAGGGCCUCCAAUUCAAGCCAACCUGUUUAAUCGCCCAGACGACGGUACAAUGCUGUUCGUGAUGUCGCCAAGGAAGUCAAGCCGCGAUAAUAGGUUCAGGUACUCGAAUCGGGUUCCUCUUAUCAUGGACGCCAUCACGGAUAUUCUGGGUAGGCGGCCGGUGGAGUACAUGUUUCCUUACCUGCCAUUAAACAUGAGAGUUAGGAGAGACCGCGAACUGGCUGGACAGAAUAAGCGCGGGCAUGCGCUUUUCCAGUACGAUCCUGAUGCCGAUGGCGCAGGAACUAGGGGCUGGCGAUUGAUCUACGAAGGUAGAGAAUGGCGAGGGUUUCUGACUUGAUGUAGAGGUAGUGACUGUAUUGAAGGAUCCACGGCGAGCCCUAAGCUGGGAAAGAAACUAAAUGCAGGUGGGGUAGCCAAGCGAUACCCCUCCCUCUAUC